UAGCCCUGCUCCCCACACUAUACACCACGAUCAGUCGUCGCUGGAGGUCAAGCUAAGCUAACACUCUUUCCCCGGAAGCCAUGGAAGCACUGCGAAGCUUAGGUCAGCUAGUCAUAGCCUUGUCGAUCUUCUCCCAUCUCUCUCUGCUCGCUUAUUCCUCUUCCCCUCAGGAUCUCCAGAUCCUUAACGCCGAGCGCAGAAUUGACUUGACCUCCCAUAUUGUGAAGGUUUUCUUGACGUUAAAGGUUGAAAACACUGGCACAUCUCCUGUUUCAGAAGUACUUCUUGCUUUUCCACCCACACAGGUUGAUCACCUAGCAUUGCUCAAAGCAGCUAUCACUGUUGGAAAAAAGAAAAAGAAAAGUUAUGUUCCCCUGGAAGUCAAUCCCACUGAGCUACCUGAUGCACCAAAUGGGGCUAAAUCGUUUUCUAUCUCGUUGCUCAACCCACUAAAUUCAGGUGAAACUGCAACACUAGAGGUGCUUUACAUAUUGACACAUUCUCUGGAGCCUUUCCCAGCGGAGAUAAGCCAAUCAGAGUCUCAGUUGGUCUAUUACCGCGAUAGUGCAAUAAUAUUGUCACCGUAUUAUAUCAAGCAGCAGACUACUUUUAUAAGAACGCCUAGUACUAGGGUGGAGUCAUUUACAAGAGUGGAGUCCACUAACCGUGCUGGUUCCGAAAUAAAGUAUGGGCCAUACAAGGAUCGUCCAGCAUACUCUUAUUCUCCAAUAAUUGUUCAUUUUGAGAAUAACAAUGCCUUUGCUGUUGUUGAGGAGCUUGUACGCGAAGUGGAAGUAUCUCACUGGGGCAAUCUUCAGAUCACAGAGCAUUACAAGUUGGCACAUGCUGGUGCUCGACACAAAGGAAUAUUUUCGAGGGUUGACUAUCAAUCUAGGCCACAUGCUGGUGGCGUCUCUUCAUUCAAACAUCUUCUAGCCAGACUACCUCCUAGGGUUCAUUCUGUCUACUACCGAGAUGAAAUCGGAAACAUCUCAUCCUCACAUUUACGUACAGAUUAUCUAAAGUCGGAUCUUGAAAUUGAGCCACGCUAUCCUUUAUUUGGUGGUUGGAAAGCUACAUUUGUAAUUGGGUAUGGGUUACCACUGGAAGACUUCCUUUUUGAGUCACCUGAUGGCAGGCGAUACCUCAAUUUCACUUUUGGUUGUCCUCUUGCUGAGACGGUGGUAGACAAGUUAACUGUAAAAGUUGUGCUACCAGAGGGAUCAAAAAAUCCUUCUGCUGUGGUUCCUUUUUCAGUUGAGCAACAUCUAGAGACCAAAUAUUCAUACCUUGAUGUUGCUGGAAGGACUGUGGUGGUUCUUGAAAAGAGAAAUGUAGUUCCAGAACACAACUCUCAUUUCCAGGUUUACUACACCUUUAACCCAGUCUUUAUGCUGGCAGAACCACUGAUGUUGGUGUCUACGUUUUUCUUCGUUUUCAUGGCCAGUGUAGCUUACCUACACAUAGAUUUUUCCAUAUGCAAAUCAUCUUGAUUCACAAAGAUCACUGUGGAGGAGAGGAGCCAGGACUUUGAGCGUGAACGUUUCCAGUCACUUUCGGUUCUAAAGUUAUAAACUACCUUAUAUAAUGUUGGUUACCAUGAGGAAAAUUUUGUUGCGCGUUGACCCUCUCACUUUAUGUAGCUGGAUGUAAGCUCCCUUUCCCAAAGAGGGGGUUAUAUUAUUGUCGUAGUUUUACACACACAAGGAUUCAGAAGUGCUUCGAUAGCGAAAAUACCGUGUUAUAAAUCUUGUUUAGAUAAUGUGACAGAAGACUUGAAGCUCAUUCUGAUUGCCCAGAAUGUGGAUGCAUGGAACUUCCAAGCUGCAGUCUCUUGUUAUAAAUCCCGCAGCCGCCGCAGAGUUCUUAACAGAGCCAUCGAAGUUCAGUUGAAGAAAUCACCACGAGGGGGUUGCUAUCUAAUCAGCCCCCGUUGCUUCCUGCUAGCUAUAAGAUUUUUCUUAUUGGCAUUCGUGUAGUCAUUCGCUUUGGCAUUAUUAAAAAUAACUCGAUUCCUCAUCUUCCAGAUUUGCCAACAUAUGAGGAGGGCUAAACUAAGACUUGACAAGGUCUCAUUAUCUUGGUAAUGAAGGGAACGCAGCCACUCAAACAGGCUACAAUUACUUUGAUUA